AGUUCCUCCAUACCGGAAGUCCUGCAACGACAGCUCAUAAUAAUAAUGGCCGCCGAGCGUAUUUUCGGCCAUUUCACAAACUGCCCACUCACCAGCGGGAGGUUACGGGCGAUCCUAUAGCCGUCCUGAAUCCAGCUUUAGCCCCGUUGUUCCUCUUUCCUCUGGGCCUGACUGUCACCUACAAUGCUUUGCCAGAGGGCCUGUUUGGUCACAGCCAGCCUGAUGUAACCUCUCCAUCAAUCCUGUCGACAGCAUAGAGCCACCUCAGGGCGGGAUGCGCCUCUCUACUGCCUGCUCUACACUGCUGAUAUAAUCAAAGGCAUGUCUCCGCCUAUUGGCUGCUGAAGCUUUCCUCGUAAUAGUACAGAAGCUAUGUCGGGUUCAGGUGACUUACCAGCUAUCGAAGGUUCCGGGAUGGGAGGGAUGAAGCUUCCCAUCGGGAUGACCCGGAGGGCGAUAAGCUAUGACGACAACCUGGAGGCCCCCAUGUCCACGCCCCCCCACGACAUCAACAUCACCAACCUUUGGAGACGCCCAGUUGUGCCGGACAGGAAGUUCAACCAUCUGGCUGAGGAGGAAGAAGGCGGUGGUUCUGUGCGUCAGUCUAAUUUUUCCAGCAGCCCCCCCUCCAGGUCACAAAGCGUGGUGAAGACCAAGGCCUCCUCCAUCAUCCUCAACUCUCUCAUCACCAAGCAGACUCAUGAAAGUAUGCACAAGUUUGAGCAGAAGGCAGGGCUGACGGACUCCAGCUACAUGCCCCACAAAGGCCUCAAUGCCGAGGAGACGCGCCGCCUCCACCGUAUGCCUGAAUCCUUCCAGAAAAUGCAGAUCCAGAGCAUGGAGACCCGAGAGGAGCACCAGAGCUCCUCGGCCCAGUCCACUCCAACCACCACUCCGCACAGCUCCCCUACACAGCAGCGCAGGACCUGGUUUAGCAGCACUAGCUCUGACAUUAGCAUCAGCUCUACAAACAGCAGCGUGGACCUAGGAGGAGGCGAUGCGGCAGGAGGAGGCGUGUUGGAACGCUGGGGCGUGUUUGGGCCACGGCCUCUCGUACAUAAGUCCACCUCGGACCUGGGCUCCGAUCCCUCUAAUGCAGCAGGCUUUGCACUGCAGGUGUACCGCGGCGCCCAGAAGCCGAGCGCCAUGGAGGUCAUGAAGGCCCAGGCCACUCGACUGGCCGACGGCCCCGACGCCCAGAAAGUAGCGCCACCCAAAAUGGAGAUCCCGAUGGUGGAGGGUCGGCGACAGGGGGCGCGCCCGCACAAGCUCAAGCCGCGAGAUAUGAACAUCCUGACGCCCUCCGGCUUCUAGGCGCUGAUGAAGUCUUAAGUCUGAUCUGUUACCUGAUUUGCCGCUCCUCCUUAUUAUGAACGCAUCAUUCAAUUGAGUCAGCUAAUGUGAAACGAGCAUGGCGAUGUCCACAAUCAUUAUCUGACAUGUGGUUGACUUUCUAAUUUCACUCACCCAUAGUGGCAGCUCUUGAAGACAAAAUUAAUAUUCGAAACUAAUGUAAACCAUUUCUUAAAACUCUCAUAGUACGUGUACUGGCAUACAUAUAAUCAUGGCUUAUACGUUAAAACACUUCCAGUUAAAAAAAAAAAUUCUCCAUGGAAAAUAAUUUAAUUGUAUUUAAUAGUUCCCCGAAAAGGACAAGCGGUAGAAAAUGGAUAGAUAGAUGGAGUUUACUAGUUUUCCUGAACAUUUUGGUCAAAUUCUGAAUUCUACAACUUGAUUCUGCAUUAGAAGUUCUACUGUUUGUGAGGGAGUUAGCGAACGUGCCCCUAAUUUGUUGGCUUUAGAAGCUAUUCUUCCCCACAGGCAAUAACGGCAAUUUAAUUGAUACUUUACAAGUGGGAUUUAAUAGACACGUUUUCCUAAAAAUUGUGUUCAAAAUACUAACUUCAGGCACAUCCCAGCAGGCUCAAGACAUCAAAACAACGUCGAAAACUUGUUGAAUUAGGUCCUGACGUUGGAACAACAUGCUUUUUGACAACGUUUAAUCAAUGUUAGGGUCUGACGUUGAGUUGACCAUUGAAACUUGGACAUUACCCAACAUCAACGUUGUCUCAAUUUACAAAUACAACAAUUUUUGCCACGUUGUUUCAAAGUCAGUUUUAAAAGACGUGUACGUAUAAUCAAUGUCUUGUGCGUGCUGGGAUGCGACCUUAGCGUUUACUAGCUACCUAAAGGACCCCUGUUACGGUUACUUCCGCCAAGUGAGCUACGGUGCAUUCACUAUAAUCUGGCAAAAAAAAAGAUUUUGUGACAAUUAUAACCUAAAUCCUAAAAUAUUCUUAUCCAAAUCAACAAAUUUUACAUGUACCCAUAUGCAGCUUUAUGAAACUUUCCAUAUUCCAUUUUAAAUGUACUGAAACACAAUUUUAAUUGCACUUUAGCUUCCUUUCUAGCACCAGAGAUAAGAGUAUUUUUCUUUGUCAUGCUGCACUGUUAAUGAAUGACUUAUGGAAUCAAAAUGUGUGGCAAAAAGGAGAAAAUAUAUAAAACAUGCAGACUCCCACGAGUGAAUAUUAUAGUCUUUGUUUUCUUUUGUUUAAUGUCGCCUCUGUAUUAUUUAGAUGUUUUAAUGAAUAUAUCUGUAUGUGUAGUGAGAUGAUUACAUUUCUUGUUUUUGUCGUAAAAUUUUGUUUUGAAAAAAAAAACCAUUUUGCUUUUCAAUGUUGGAUUUUUUUGUCAGAAAAAGAAGCUUUAAAACCAACAAUUAGAUCCAUAUUGCAAUGUCAAAACAUUUCUCAGAGGUUUUUAGUUAUGAGGUUGGAUGUCCUGUUAGUAAAGCAUUGUUAUUAUUGCACUUAUUUUUUUUUUUAAUGAGGAUCAGUCGCUGGCAAAAGAGACCGUUACGUACCUGUUACCCCUCUAUGAUGUUCCUGUCCGCCGACCACGUCCUUUAGAAAACGCAGCAGCUGUAAAUAGUAAAUGUCUUUCUGUCUGUGGGACUGAAGGCUGUCUCUAAAUUUAAUCUGUUGACGAGACAUUCAAUGUGAGAAUAAACGCAAAAUUCUCAUCUAAA